AUGUUGACAGGAAAAGCUGUUGGAAUCGAUUUUGGAACGACAUAUUCUUGUGUUGGAGUUUGGCUGAAUGAUAGAGUUGAAAUUAUUGCCAAUGAUCAGGGUAAUCGUACAACGCCUUCAUAUGUCGCAUUCACCGAAACAGGACGUCUUAUCGGUGAUGCCGCUAAAAAUCAAGUUAAUAUAAACUCUUAUAAUACUAUGUUUAACGCUAAACGAUUAAUUGGUCGUAACUUUAACGACCAAGUAGUUCAAUCUGAUAUUAAGAAUUGGCCAUUUAAAGUAAUAGAUAAGAAUGGAAGGCCAUAUAUUCAAGUAGAUUACAAAGGUGAGAAGAAAGAUUUCACAGCCGAGGAAAUUUGUUCUAUGAUCUUGGUAAAGAUGAAGGAAACUGCAGAAGCUUUUCUUAGUACAAGAGUAAUUAAUGCAGUAAUUUCGUCACCAGCUUACUUUAAUGAUUCUCAACGUCAAGCUAUAAAAGAUGCCGGUAUGAUUGUCGGUUUAAAUGUACUUCGUAUAACUAAUGCACCAUCCUUAGCAGCUAUUGCUUAUGGUUUGGAUAAGAAAAUUUGUGGUGAAAAAAACGUUCUUAUAUACGAUUUAGGUGGUGGUACUUUUGAUGUCUCUCUCCUUGCUAUCGAAGAAGGAAUUUUUAAAGUAAAAGCCGUAGCUGGUGACACACAUCUUGGCGGUGAAGAUUUCGAUAAUCGCCUUGUAAAUCAUUUCGUACAAAAAUUCAACCGAAAAUUUAAAAAAGAUCUUACAACGAAUGCACGUUCUCUCCGUCGACUAAGGACAGCUUGCGAACGAGCAAAGCGUGAACUUUCAGCAUCUCCACAAACUUUCAUUGAAAUUGAUUCUCUCUUCGAAGGAAUCGAUUUCUAUACCUCAUUAACACGUAUAAAAUUUGAAGAAUUGAAUCAAGACUUGUUCAUAUCUACAAUGAAAUGUGUUGAAAAAGUACUUCGAGAUUCUAAAAUAGACAAAAGUGAAAUUCAUGAAAUUGUUCUAGUUGGUGGUUCAACACGAAUCCCUAAAAUUCAAAAGAUUUUGUCUGAGUUCUUCAACGGCAAAGAACCAAACAAAUCCGUUAACUUCGAUGAAGCCGUAGCAUAUGGUGCAGCCAUACAAGCUGCUAUUUUUGCCGGUGAUACUUCCGAGAAAACUCAAGAUUUACUUUUUUUGGAUGUAGCUGCUUUAUCUCUUGGUAUUGAAACUACCGGCGAAGUCAUGACAGCGUUAAUUACACUUUAUGAGGGAGAAAGUGCUCGUACUAAGGAUAACAAUUUACUUGGAAAAUUCGAAUUGCAUGGUAUUCCUCCAGCGCCAAGAGGUGUAUCUGCUGUUGACAAAACAAGUGGAAGAUCUGAUAAGAUAACGGUCACGAAUGACAAAGGUCGAUUGUCAAUGGAAGAAAUCGAAUGUAUGGUUAACGAUGCUGAGAAAUAUCGUGAAGAUGAUGAGAAACUUGCACAAAGGAUACAGGCACGAAAUGGAUUAGAAAGUUAUGCAUUUAGCUUACGCAACACACUUGAUGACGAGAAAUUUCCUAUCAAUUUACUUAAACAUGCAAUUCAAGAAUCUGUAACAUGGCUUGAAAAUAACCAAGAGGCUACGGAUUUAUAUCUGAUAUUUUUCGAUGAUCUUGAUGCCAAACUUGUUAAGACAUUUAUCGCAAGGUUUUAUGCUUUAUUGAUUUGGUCCGAAGCUAAGAAUCACACACAAUAUCCCGAAUUAAUUCAUCCAGAAAAUGGAAAGAGAAUUAAAAACUUUGUCGUGCAUGGAAACAUAUUAUUAAAGCAAUUUGGGAGUUACGAAGAAUGGUAUAUUGGAGAUUUAGGAUUAUCACAACCUGCAAAUAUUAUUCCAUUUGACAGUGAUUUAUAUGGUGUUACACCAUAUAUGGCACCUGAAUUAUUUAAAGGUGCAAAUUUUUCAAAGAAAUCUGAUAUUUAUUGUCUGGGUAUGGUUAUGUUGGAAUUAACUUCAGGCUGUAAACCUUUUGCUAAUGUUAAACAUGAUAUCGAUCUAAUUUAUGCAAUUAUUGAUGGAGGGCGACCUGAAAUUACUGAAGAUACUCCCGAAUGUUUUGCCAAUUUAAUGAAACGAUGUUGGGAAUCUGACACCUUAGAAAGACCUUCUAUAGCAGAAAUUAGUGGAAUUGCUGGCCAAUGGAUGAACACUUUGUUUGAACAAUUUGAACAAUAUGAAGAAAAAAGAUUAGAAUUAAUAAAAUCAAAGAAAUUGGGUCCUGAAUUUACUGGAGCACCUCAUCCUAAUGCUAUUUUUACAAGUAGAUCGUUACCUUCACUUUCUAACUCAUUAUCGAUUGAUUUGAAUACAAGACAAAUUGGAAUCGAUUUGGGAACGACAUAUUCCUGUGUUGGUGUUUGGAUGAAUGAUAAUAGAGACCAAGAAGUACAAUCUGAUAUGAAGCACUGGCCAUUUAAAGUUAUAGAUAAGAAUGGAAGGCCAUAUAUUCAAGUAGAAUUCAAAGGCGAGAAGAAGAAUUUCACACUUGAGGAAAUUUCUUCUAUGAUCUUGGUAAAGAUGAAGGAAACUGCAGAAGCUUAUCUUGGUACAAAUGUCAAUAAUGCCGUAAUAUCUUCACCAGCUUGCUUUAAUAAUUCUCAACGUCGAUCUAUACAAGAUGCCGGUAUGAUCGCUGGGUUAAAUGUGCUUCGUAUAAUUAACGAAACAACCGCGGCAGCUAUUGCUUAUGGUUUGGAUAAAUCUUGUGGUGAACGAAACGUUCUUAUCUAUGAUUUAGGUGGUGGUUCUUUUAAUGUAUCCCUCCUAACUAUCGAAGAAGGAAUUUUUGAAGUAUUGGCCGCUGCUGGCGAUCAACAACUUGGCGGUGAAGAUUUUGACAAUCGAAUUGUAAAUUAUUUCGUACAUGAAUUUAAACGAAAAUUUAAAAAAGAUCUUACAACGAAUGCACGUGCUCUUCGUCGAUUAAGGACAGCUUGUGAACGUGCAAAGCGUGAACUUUCUUCAUCAUUAAAAACUUCCAUAGAAAUAGAUUCACUGUUUAAGGGUAUCGAUUUUUAUACCUCAUUAACACGUACAAAAUUUGAAGAAUUGAAUCAAGCAUUGUUCCAAUCUACAAUGGAAUGCGUUGAAAGAGUACUCAAAGAUUCUAAAAUCGAUAAAAGUCAAAUUCAUGAAAUUGUUCUAGUUGGUGGUUCAACGCGUAUUCCCAAGAUUCAAAAGAUGGUAUCUGAGUUCUUCAAUGAUAAAGUACCAAACAAAUCUGUUCAUCCUGAUGAAGCCGUUGCAUAUGGUGCCGCCAUAUAUGCUGCGAUUUUAACUGGUGAUACUUAUGAAAAAUUUCAAGAUUUACUUUAUCUAGAUGUCACUGCUUUAUCACUUGGUAUUGAAACUAAGGGCGGUACAAUGACACCGCUUAUUAGGCGUAAUACAACUAUACCUACUAAAAAAUCAGAAAUUUUUUCCAUAGAUGAUUUUGAAGAUCGAUCAGAUCAAUCAGAAUCAGUAAUACUUAUUCAAGCUUAUGAAGGUGAACGUGCCCGCACUAAGGAUAACAACUUGCUUGGAAAUUUCGAAUUAUCUGGAAUUCUUCCGGCAUCAGUUGCUUCACAAAUCGAAAUUUCUUUUUAUAUUGAUGAUAACGGAUUUUUAAACGAAGUAUCAGUACAUGAUAGAACAACCUGUAGACUGAAUAGGAUGGCCAUCACGAACGAACAAAAACGAUUGUCAAAGGAAGAAAUCGAACGUAUGGUUGAAGAAGCUGAGAAAUAUCGUGAAGAGGAUGAGUAUGUUGCACAAGGAAUACAGUCACGAAAUAAAUUAGAAAGAUAUGCAUUUAACUUACGUAAUACACUUGAUGACGAGAGGUUUCCUAUUAAUCUACUUAGGGAUGCAAUUCAAAAAUCUGUUACAUGGCUUGAAAAUAACCAAGAGGCGA